CAAUUUUAUUAGUACAACAAAAUAAAUUCACCUCCUUGCCGAUAACGGCAAUACAGACAGCCAUCGCCGAAUUGACAGGCAAUCCUAGCUGAGAAGGUUAUGAAACCUCUAUCUUCGGAAGAGCGCAGGUCGGACAGACGCGAGCCGUGACGUCACGAGACGGGAGUUCACCGAUUAGGAUAUGGCCAAAACGGCCAGGACCAUCCUCUCGGCUAUCGUUCGGCAUUGCCGUUUCUCGUCGGACGCCAAAAAUGUUUCAGAACGACUCGAGAAGAGCUUCAAGACGCUGUCCGGCUCCCAGAGCAAGUCCCUGCUCAAAAAGCACCUGAGUGCGGAUGUGUUCAACAGCCUUAAAGGGAAGAAGACGUCGUACAACUCGACCCUAAUGGACGUGAUCCAGUCUGGUACGGAGAACCUCGACUCCGGGAUCGGGGUGUAUGCCCCGGACGCCGAGGCGUACACGGUGUUCGCGGGCCUGUUCGACCCGGUCAUAGAGGAGUACCACGGAGGUUUCAAAAAGACGGACAAACACCCGGCGAAGGACUGGGGCGACCCCGGGUCCUUCGGCGACCUCGAUCCGAACGGCGAGUUCAUCAUAUCGACCCGGGUCCGAUGCGGUAGGUCCAUCGAGGGCUACCCGUUCAACCCUCUCCUCACCAAAAAGAACUACUUGGAGCUGGAGGAAAUGGCGAAGGAGACGUUCACGAGCUUGCCGGAGGAGCUGAAAGGCGUCUACUACCCACUGGUCGGUAUGAGCAAGCCCGUACAGAAGAAGCUGAUAGACGACCACUUCCUCUUCAAAGAGGGCGACAGGUUUCUCAAGUCGGCCAACGCGAACCGGUUCUGGCCCGAGGGUCGUGGGAUCUUCCACAACAAGGACAAGACGUUCCUCGUCUGGGUCAACGAGGAGGAUCAUCUGAGGAUCAUAUCGAUGCAGAAAGGUGGCAACGUCGGCCAGGUUUACAAGAGGCUCGUGUCUGCUGUCGAGUGCAUCGGUAACUGCCUCCCCUUCUCGAGGAACGAGCGGCUCGGCUUCCUCACCUUCUGCCCGACCAACCUGGGCACGACGAUACGAGCCUCCGUCCUCAUAAAACUGCCAAAGCUGGCGGCGGACAAGUCCAAGUUGGAGGAGGUGGCUGCCAAGUAUAACCUCCAGGUGAGGGGGAGCCACGGCGAACACUCCGAGGCGAAGAGUGGCAUGUACGACAUCUCGAACAAAAGGAGGCUCGGACUCACCGAGUUCAACGCCGUCAAAGAGAUGAACGACGGAGUGGCACAGCUCAUUAAAAUGGAAAAACAGCUUAAAUAAAUUAUGUAAUUUUUUGUAUUAUA